AAAAAUGAACCAAAAUCAUAGUAUUUCUCUCAUCCUUGAAGUAAUAGCCAGUUUAGAUAAAAUGUUUAAACAAAUUUAUGAAAAAAAAGGUGACAAGCGUAAAACAAUAUUACUGCUUGGAAACACAGGAUCUGGAAAGAGUACUAUCUUUAAUUGGCUAAGUGGAGCCAAGUUUAAGUAUGAAGACGAGAAAUUAACAUUAAUUGAGGAACAAGGAAAAAAUUACUCAAAAUAAGGGGACUCCAUGGAAUCAAUAACAUUUGAACCUAAUUUCAAUAUGAUUGAUGAAGAGUAUAUGUUGAUUGAUUUUCCAGGAUUCAAAGAUACUUAAGGUGCUAAAAAUUAGCUAGCAAUUCAAUUAAUGUUUAAUGAAGUAGUCACAAGUACUGAGGUUAAAUUAGUUGUUGUAACUGAGCAACCAUAAGGUAAAAUUCCUCAGAGAGGUGCAAGAAUAUUAGAACUUGUUUAAAAUACAUUUACCUCAAAAGACACAAAGUUUGAGUCCAUUGGUUACAUUAUAAAUAAAUUUGGGGAUAAGAAAUUUAAAGAUGAUGAAAUCGCAAAAGGUUUUAUCAAAAAGCAAUUAGAGGAAAUACAUUAAACACAAGAAGAAAACAAGGAUGUCUAUAGAGCUUUAUAGCAAAAUAUUAUAAUAGUAAGGAAACCUACUUUAUCCAAUCUUAUAUUCAAUGAUGAGUAAAGAAAAUCACUAUUUGAUUUAUUGAAAUAAAUAAAACCAAUCACAUAUCAACCUGAUAAGGUGGAUUAGGAUUAAAUCGUCAGCAACUAUAUUGCAAAUACAUUAAAUCAAUUGUUUUUCUAAUUUAGAAAAAGCCUAAGUAAAUAGAAAGAUGAUGCCAAGAAGAAUAACACAACCAACCAGUUUAACAAUACUUUAUAAGAAAUACUUAAACAAAUUGGAUAAAUUAAAUAUAAAGAUUAGCAAUGUGUAUUAGAAUGGAUGAGUAAACAUAUUUUACUGAAUAUCUAAAAUGAGGACUCAACAGCCAAAUUUUUAUAAAUUUUUAGAUUCUUCUUCAAAUAUUAGGCAAACAUAGAAGGAUUUUAAGCAUUCUAAGAAAACAUUUUAGAAGUAAAGCAGACAGUUGAGAGCAUUAUUUAGGAAAUUUAGGCAGAGAUUCAAAGAAUAAAUGAUGAGGAGGAGAGAUAUAGAAGACAAAAAGAGGAAGAGAAUCGUAAACAUAGAUAAUACAUGGAAUAAUUAAGGAGAGAUUAAGCAGAGGAACAGAGAAGAAGGAGAGAGGAAAUACAGCAAAGAAGGGAAGAAGAGCAAAGAAAAGAGGAGGAGAGAAAGAAAUAGUAGUAGAAAAUGGAACAAGAAUUAAAGGAAAAAAAAGCAAGAGAGCUUGAAUAGCAGCGAAAAAAAGAAGAGACUGAACGAUAAAUGCAAGAACAAAGAAUAAAAUAGCAAUAGGAGGAAUAAAGAAUAAAAUAGCAGUAAGAAUAGCAAAGGUAAAGAUAACAAGAAAAAAAUUCAUAUAUAUGUAAACUUGAGAAUUACAAGAAAUAACUACUUUAAAAAAAAUAAUAGAAGGCAAAAUACAUUGAAUCGUAAUCAGGGGUAUUUAUGGCAGUAAUUGGAGGUGAUUGGAAGGAGACUUAUAAUAAAAAUAUUCAAAACUAUGAUUCUGACAUUGGAGAGUUUUAAAACUAGGUAGAUUAUAUUGAAAGAUAAUUAUUAAAUUAUUAUUGA